AUGUAUCGUAAUCUCUUCUCGAGAUACAGUCUUCAUCUGCGUAUCAAGAUGAAGUGGUUGCUGCUGCUCACAGGAGUCACGGUAGCGCUCUGCGCUAUACCAAAAGCACCCCUACAACGCGACGUACUGGUGGAAGAACAUGAAGACGGAGGACUUCUUUUAUCUGCCAUAUCUGCAAGCACCACUUUACUGACCGGCCACAUUGGUCGUCGUGUGGCUUCUGAUGAUGAGGAGGUCAUCUUCGAUAUCAACACAGCCUACGAUGAAGAGUCCGGUGGCUACCGCAUUAGCAUACACUGGGAUGGACCUGCGGACCGAGUUUUUGAAGACUGCUUCAACUUUGGAUCCUUUCAAUGGUACGGUGGCCCUGAACAAAAGCAACAGUACUGGCCGAUUCAAAACAGCUACCUGCAAAAAUACUCAAUCAUAUCCAAAGAGGAAGACAAUUCCGCUGUAUCGGAACGCUACUGGCUAAACUCGGCCGGCCAAUACUUCUACGUGCAACCCGAAGCGCCCCUCUUCAUUGACUACCAUAACGUCGAGGACAACCAUAUUUGUUUCAUUGCCGAAGUGGCGGCUCCCUAUUCCAGUAAACGCACACAUAACAGCCUCAAAUACGAUAUCUGGUUCUUUGAAAACGCAAAGGUCGCACACCAACACGCUGUGGACACUUACCUAGGAAAACCUACAGGCUUGCCUGAUUACAGAAUGAUUCAAUACCCAGUCUUCUCGACUUGGGCGAGAUAUUCCCGUGGAAUAGACAGGGACAGUCUUUGGGCUUUUGCUAACGAGAUCAAGGAUACCGGAUUUCCAAACGCUCAGUUUGAAAUCGAUGACCUUUGGGAGAUCUGUUAUGGAUCAUUGACUGUUGAUGAGAGGAAGCUGCCUGACUUUAAAGGUCUUAUCCAGGAAAUUAAGAGCUUAGGCUUCAGGGUCACAAUUUGGGUACAUCCGUUCAUCAACAAGAAUUGCGAGCCGUGGUUUUCUGAUGCUUUGGAGAAAGGCUACCUUGUCCUCAACGAAGAAGGCAACCCUGAAUCUACCUGGUGGAACAACAACGGCUCUUUACCCGGGUACAUUGACUUCACCAACCCUGAUGCUGCAGAAUGGUACACGUCAAGGAUCCAAGAUCUUAUUGAUACCUACGACAUUGACAGCCUGAAGUUCGACGCUGGUGAAUCUAGCUGGUCUCCACAGAUUCCAGUACAGAACGGCGACAUUGAUCUCCAUCCGGGUCACGUGGUUGAGUCUUACGUGAGAGCCGUUGCCAAGUUCGGCCCAAUGAUCGAGAUCAGAGCGGGCAUGAGAACCCAAGACCUCCCAGUCUUCGUCCGCAUGGUUGACAAAGAUACCCUUUGGGACUUCAACAACGGUCUCGCGACGUUGGUCACGACUCUAUUGCAAAUGAACCUCAAUGGGUACACGUUGGUGCUGCCUGAUAUGAUCGGAGGAAAUGGUUAUAAUGAGUCUCCGAGUAAGGAGUUGCUGGUGAGGUGGCUACAGGCUAAUGUCUUCAUGCCGACGCUUCAAUACUCGUUUGUGCCCUGGGAUCAUGAUGAAGAGGCAGUCGAAAUCUGCCGCAAAUACACGCAUCUUCACGCCGAAUAUGCUGAUGAGAUCGUGGCCGCUAUGGAGGCGUCCAUCCAAAAAGGAACUCCUGUGAACCCUCCCAUCUGGUGGUUGGAUCCUACCGACCAGGACGCUUUGGCUGUUUGGGACGAGUUCUUAUUAGGAGAGCGCGUGCUUGCCGCUCCUGUGCUGCAGCAGGGCGCUGUGUCCCGGGACGUGUAUCUGCCGCGCGGCUCCUGGCGGGACGGCGUCACCGGGGAGCUUCACCAGGGCCCGCUGUGGCUCCGGGACUACCCGGCACCCUUGGACACGCUGCCUUACUUCACUCUCGAAGACUAGGGAAUCUUUGAAAAUAAACUCUUUAU